AUGACUGGCACUGUCCGUUAUGAACCUCCGGAGUUCGGGCUUACUGAGCAAAUCUCCCGACUCUACGAUGUGUGGUCACUGGGUUGCGUCUUCCUCGAAUUUCUCAUCUGGGUGCUUUAUGGCAACAGCAAAUUGAGGGACUUUAACCGGGCCAGCAUCGAAGAGAAAUUCUGGAGCAAGGAUGAUGAAGGCUACCAUCAGCAUCGCGAGGUCAAGCGUUGGAUUUCUCGCAUGUCGAAGGACCUCCGGCGAAACGACAUUACUUCCAGCACUGCGCUGAAAGACGUAUUGGAGCUAAUCGACUUUAACAUGCUAGUACCUGAAGUCGAAGGCCGGACAAACUCUCUAAAACUGUACGAAAGGCUGAGGAGUAUCUUUGAACAAGCUCAAGCACAGGAAGACUAUCUGCUGGAUCCUACUCUCUGGAAUCGCAUCAGCACUAGCGCAGUCCCCGCUGAACACAGGCGCUUUAACCUGGAAGUUCCUGACCAACGACCUCUCCGAGGUCGCGCACCCACAGGUCAAAAACCACAACCUGCGCUUCUCGAGCGCGCACCGGACGUGCCCAUACCAGACACUCCUGUAAUUGUUGAACCCAAUGCUGAACCAAGCAAGGUCAACAUGCAAGUUCCGAUUCUUAAUGCUCAAGAAAGUGCUGAACUUCUUGGCAUGGAAGAUGGCCACGAAUUGAAGUGUCGAAGAGAAGGCUCAUCGUUGAAGAUUGAUCCCGAUGGCCCCACCAUUUUGAGUCUUUAUGUAAACCCAGGCUCCCCUGAGCAAUUUGUUCUGCUGAAUGAGUGGCUACGCGUGUGUGACGAACAACACAGUCAUGCCGUCGAUGAUCGUACCGAGUUACCCACUCGCCUUCUUGAUGUUGGAAUAGACCCGAACUCUACUAUUCGUCUCUGCGACGGGAAGUCUCUUCCACUCGAACGAUACACUGCUCUGAGUCACUGCUGGGGAGUAAAUUCUCAAGCUCAAGUUCGUACUCUGAAGGAGAAUAUCGAUGUCUUCCGCGAGCAGAUUGACUUCGGCAUUCUCCCAAAGAGUUUCCAAGAUGCGGUUAAGAUCACGAGAGCCUUGGGACUACGAUACCUAUGGAUUGAUUCACUUUGCAUUAUCCAGAAUGAUAAGCAGGACUGGGCUUUCGAGGCCACACGCAUGGAGCAUGUCUUCAGCUCUGCUUACUGUACCAUUGCAGCCACAGCAGCGUCUUCUUCGGCUGAAGGCUUCUUGCGACAGAAAGCAAACCAUCCAUUCGUAACAUUGGAGGGAUCCGGCGGUGUCUUUACAUUCGUGCGCAAGUCGAUCGAUGACUUCCACCAAGAUGUCGAACAAGCUGUUCUCAACCAGCGCGGAUGGGUGUUACAAGAGAGGGCAUUAUCGCGCCGAACACUUCACUUCACAGCAUCUCAGAGUACUUCAAAGGAGGCCGAAUUGUGA